AUGGUAUACUACAUCGGAGUAGACGUAGGGACGCAGAGCGUACGUGCAAGUCUGUGUGACGUCACUGGGAGGGAGCACAACACCAGUAGCCGUCCUCUCACCGUCCACAACCCUCUACCCGACCACUACGAGCAGUGUUGUCUCCAGAUAUGGGGUGCUGUGUGCGGGACUGUACGUGAUGUGAUCCAGGGGGUCAGGGUGGAGGAGGUCCGGGGGAUAGGGUUUGAUGCGACAUGCUCUCUUGUUGUGGUGGGUAGUGCUGGAGAGCCUCUCAAUAUAUCUGCUGGUAGUGGAGGUGGUAACACUUGUCUGAUGUGGAUGGAUCACCGAGCUGAGAAAGAGACUGAGCUAGUGAACCAGUGUAAAUCCUGUGUAACUGACUACGUGGGUGGGGGGUUUAGUCCGGAGCAGCAGCCUCCUAAACUACUCUGGUUAAAAAGUAACCUCCCUGAAACGUGGAGUAAAGCUGCUCACAUGUUCGACCUGCCUGAUUGGUUAACAUACCGGGCUACCGGCAGCACUGUUCGCUCCCUGUGUUCUGUAACGUGUAAGUGGGGUUAUGUAGCGGAGAGAGGAGGCUGGGAUCAGGACUUCCUGACUGAGGUUGGGUUAGGGGAUCUAGUAGGGUUAGAUAAACUGGGGGUGAAUGUCUGCUCUCCUGGGAGCAGUGUACCUGGGGGAUUAUCAGACAAGGCAGCUUGUGAGUUGGGUUUGAAACCUGGUACUAAAGUUGGGGUUUCUAUGAUAGACGCUCAUGCUGGCACGCUGGCACUGCUGCGCUACACUCCUAGCGCUAUCUGUGAUACACUGUGUAUCAUCUCAGGUACCAGUACCUGUAUUAUGGCACUGGGCACCACUAAAACCUUUGUACCAGGAGUGUGGGGACCGUACCGGGCGGUGUUACCAGAUACCUGGUUAUUUGAAGGGGGUCAGACGGCUGCUGGCAGUGCUCUGGAUCACAUAGUACACUCUCACCCUGCCCACUCUGCUGACAUGACAUACUCUAAACUAAACUCAGAUCUGGGAGAGUUUCUAACUGACUCUACUUUGCACACUCUAUCACGUGAUCUGCAUGUUGUACCUGAUCUACACGGUAACAGGUCACCUCUAGCUCUACCCUGGUUUAGAGGGAUGGUGUCUGGACUGGACCUCAACUCUUCCUACAAGGACCUACUCGUUCUCUACUUGGCGACUGUUCAGGGUCUGGCACUUGGUGUGCGGCUGGUAAUUGACAAGUUGAGAGAUCACGGACUGAACUUUAGUAAUAUCGUGAUAUGUGGCGGGCUGGCUGAUAACCCCCUGUAUCUGGUCGUGCUAGCAACUGUUGUCAAGGUACCGGUAACAGCGCCACGUGAUGGUAACAUGAUGUGCGCGGGUGCAGCGCUGUUAGCGCAGUGCGCUGCCGAGGAACGUCCGUUGAGUGCUAUCUUGGAGUCGGGGGUGACUGGGUCAGAUGUUAGCGUUUAUAGUCCUAUCAGGGAACUUGUCGGGUAUUAUGAAAUGAAGUACAAAGUGUACAGCAGUAUGGUGUCUGAUCAAGUCAAAUACAGGGGGAUCAUGCAUGAUGGAUUAUCAAAUUUUUAA